CGGAGCCGGAGCCGGAGCCGCCGGGGAGGGAGGAUGAAGAUGCAAGCCGAGGUGAUCCGCGAGGGCGAGCUGGAGAAGCGGAGCGACAGCCUUUUCCAGCUGUGGAAGAAGAAGCUGGUGGUGCUGACCAAGGACAGCCUCAGCCUCUUCCCCGACGGGCACAAGCGGGCCAAGGGCAAGGAGCUGGGCUUCGGCUCCAUCCUCAAGGUGGACUGCGUGGAGCGCACGGGCAAGUACAUCUACUUCACCAUCGUCACCAAGGACCGCAAGGAGAUUGACUUUCGGUGCCCGGACCAGAGCUGCUGGAACGCCUCCAUCACCAUGGCCCUCAUCGACUUCCAGAACAAGCGGGCCAUCCAGGACUUCAAGAGCCGCCAGGAGAUGGAGCAGGCGAGCAUACCACUGGACGAUAAACCAGAUCGAGUGUCUUGGACUGAAAUGGGACAGGGUACCAAUGAAGGAAAGCGAAGAAGAGAGCUGGAAGCAGCUUGGUUUUCUCCAAGCCUGUUGAGGCUGCUGAGCAAAGAGCCCUGA